UCCUUCUCACCAUUAGUCCUAUAACGGCUACUUCACAUCCGUUGACCUUGAAUCGCAGUGCUUGUAAUAUGCCAAACGAGCAAUACGAGUCGCGCUUGCCAUAAGAACGCACCGACCCGCGGCUAUGGCUUUUCUACGCUUCCUUCAGCGCAAACUCGACGGCGAGAUCGUCUUUCGCGAGCCAACCAGCGGCGAAGUACCUGCCUACGCAAUACUCUCUCAUACCUGGGACGAAGAGGAGGUCACCUAUCAAGAAUUAAAGAAGGGCAAGGACAAGAGUAAGACUGUGAACAAGGCUGGGUGGAGGAAGAUACAGUUCUGCGCGGAGCAGGCUAAAGAGGAUGGGCUUGAAUACUUCUGGGUGGAUACUUGCUACAUCGAUAAGAAGAAUGCGGUUGAGCUUGGAACAGCGAUUAAUUCGAUGUUUCGGUGGUAUCAGAAUGCUGCGCGCUGCUAUGUCUACCUUUCGGAUGUCUUAAAACCCAACUCUAGAGCGGAUGACCAGAGGGCAUGGGAGGAGGACUUUAGGAAGAGUCGAUGGUUCACUCGAGGCUGGACGCUACAGGAGCUUCUCGCACCAAGGCUAGUGGACUUUUUUGGCUUGGAGCGUAAGCGGCUUGGGAGCAAACUGUCCCUUGAGUCCAUGAUAUAUGAGAUCACUGGGAUCGCGAAUAAUGCUCUUCGAGGCAAUCCAUUGUUGGAAUUUAGUAUCAGAGAGCGGAAAUGUUGGGCAGAGCACCGCAAUACUUCGGUCGAAGAGGAUGGAGUGUAUUGUCUAAUCGGGAUCUUCGAUGUUUCUAUGGUGCUUAACUACGGAGAGGGAAGAGGUAAGGCAUUCAAGCGGCUAGAGGAAGAGAUUCACAAGUUGAAUAAGGGCGUCGAUUUCGAACAAUUUGCCGUAAGGCGUAACCUACUAUUAUUUCCCGAAGCCGCACAGUUUGUUGCCAGAGAGAAGGAGCUGUCGAAGAUGCACCACCGAGACCAUAUAGGACAACGCAGGUUCGGUUUCUAUCGCCAUAAAGCAGUUCAAUACAUUAGGCGACACGAGGAGAAAUACACGGCAAUAUUAUAGUUAAAUGCGAAUGAUCAGGAUUCUCUCAAGCUGAGCUUUCGAGGAAUCGCUCAGCAGGUGUUAAAGUAUCAUCCUUCGACUAGUUUGCGGCGUAGACUUGGACGACCUCGAUCAAACGGUAGACAAGGUCAAGGGCUAGCUUGAUCUACUAAAGAACUUAUACUAGCUGAUGAUCUAUGACAAU